AACGGUAUUUACUUUUUGAAAAAUAAUAUGCGUUAUUUUACUUUUGAUAUUGUCUCUUCUUUACCUGAAGAACUUAGUAUUCAAAUUUUGGGUUUUCUUUCUGUCAAAAGCUUGAUACAAUGUCAACUUGUAUGCAAACGUUGGAGAAAUUUUGCUAGUGAUCCCAUUAUAUGGAAAAGAAAAUGCUUCGAAUUAGCCUAUCAUGACAUUAAUACAAUAAAAUCACCUUCCAAUCCUGUCUUAUGGUAUUCUUUAUAUCGUAAACUUUUUAAACGCGAAAACAAUUGGGAAAGUGGACGUGUUCAAACUGUUGAUUAUCUAAAAGGACAUUCUAGUCGAAUUUUUUUUGUAGCAAUUAAAGAUGGAAUGGCUGUCAGUCUCGCUUGGGAUAGAACUAUGCGAUUUUGGGAUGUUGAGCGGG